AUGGCGGACCCCGAAGUGCGCAUUUCAGGUGGAGUCGCAGACGAGUCCGGCGACGUCGAUAUGCAAGGUGGUGACAGCGCCGAUGUCAUGGAAGUGGGAGAGACGGGCGACGACGCACCAGGGGAAGAGGCAGCGGAGGAUGAGGCUGCCAUCGAAGCGGAGACACCUGCUGCACGAGUCACAUUCGUCGACUAUCUCAAAUCCCCAAUCGUGACCCUGCACAUCGGCUCCGGCGACGCCGCAACCCAGCUCACAGCUCAUCAAGCCCUCCUCGUGAAAUCGCCUUUCUUCGCCGACGCAAUCGCGCCGGACUCUGCCUCUCCCAAACACUCCAUCGACCUCAAAGACGACGACCUGGAAGCCACAUCCUGCUUCCUCGAAUACCUCUACACGGGCGAAUACUUCCCCCACAAACUCCCCUCCGGCAGCCUCCAGAGCGACCCCUCCACCCCCGGCGUCGACCAAACCGGCGACCAGCUCCUCAAACACGCCAAGGUGUACACCCUCGCGGAAAAACUCUCCAUGCCCGCCCUCAAAACGCUCUCCCACUCCAAGAUCCACCUCGUGACCUCCACCGCCGUCGCCGAGCUGACCUACGCGCGCUACGUCUACAGCCACACGGGGCGGGAGGACGCGACGAUCCGGAAACCGGUGGCGAGCUUCUGGGGCCAGAGGAGCCACGUGUUGAGGCACGAGACGGAGGGGACUUUCCGGAAGAUGUGUUUGGAGUAUCCGGAGUUUGCGUUUGACGUGCUGAGUUUUGUGCUGGAUGCCGAGGAGAAGCGGGAGGAGAGGAGGCGGAAGGCGGAUGAUGGGGAGGGCGGGAAGGGCAGCGCGAGGAAGAGGGCUAGGGGGGAGAGAUAG